ACUGAACAUAACCUCAAAUUGACGUAAACAAAUCAAAAUCAAUAACAAAUAAGGACAAGAGAAAAAAAAAUCUACAUGCCGUAUAGUUGACAAUUCAACAGUAGUACAUAUAUCUAUAAAUGACCCCUUGAAUAUUAUUAUCAUUAUUAUGUAACACAAGCAACACAAGUGAACCAUAUUUUACUCUCUAAAAACCAGUGAUAAAAAAUGAACGAGUCAAAGGACGUGGUAAAACUUCAGCAGGAGAAAUUGAAUUUAGGGGAAAUUGUGGAUUUGGUGACUUCACCAAAAUGUGGGGCAAUUUCUACUUUUAUCGGCACGACUCGAGAUAAUUUCGAAAACAAACAAGUUUUGCAAUUAAAAUACGAGGCGUACGAACCAAUGGCAUUGAAGGAAAUGAAGAAUAUUUGUGCAAAGGUCCGUUCUCAGUGGGACGUCGAUAAAAUUGCGAUUUUCCAUCGUUUGGGCGAAGUUCCAGUGUCCGAAGCAAGUGUCGUCAUUGCAAUAUCAUCGCCACAUAGAAAGGAAUCCCUCCAAGCUGUACAGCUCACAAUUGAUAUGCUAAAGGCCUCGGUUCCCAUCUGGAAGAAGGAAAUUUACGUUAAUGAAGAUCCCAAAUGGAAGGAGAACAAGGAGUGCUCCUGGUCCUCCUAUGGUUCGGGAAAAAGUGGAGACAAUAAUUUCCCUGUGGGAAAAAUAAAAAGUAAACCUUUCAACGAAAGUGCCAAAGAAUCAAUAACUGGAAAUCAGACGAUUUUCAUUGAUCCAAAUGUUGUUCAAGUUCGAGCUGAUACCGAGGAAUUGAAUAGAAGAAUUCAAGCUUUUAUUUCACGAAAGCGCGAGCACGUGAAUCUUUUGAAUAUCCAGGAGUUUUGUGUUCAUGGAAACGAGAGUCAGGAAGACGACGAGUUUUCCUGUGCCCGAGUGAAUGCCGUUCUUGUCAAGAAUAAGGAUUCUAAAAGUCAUGUGAAAGUUCACAGGGUCUUCAAUCCAUGGGGGCCACAGACUUCAGACCCUUCGAAUUGGGAAGAAAGAAAAACGUCAGAUGAGACAUGUAAUAAUUAUCCCCCUGCCUUGGAAGAACGGUUGUCUAGCACCGAAAAACUUUUGGGAAUCAAUAAGCCAGUUCCUCGAGACAUUUACGAAAGAAUAAAGAGCAUUGAGGAUCGUGUCUUUCAUUUGGAAAGCCUCUCUCCCGAGUACAAAGACUUUUGGACAGAGGAGCAGAAUGAAAGUCUCAAAAGGAUAUUUAAACCAGUAAGAAAGAGGACGUAUUCAACGACAGAAUUAGGCAAUAAACUUCACGAAUUAGAAGAUAGGUAUGCAAAGAGGAUCAAAUGAUAACAGACGCACUUUUAUGUCAAUUAUUGUGUAUAUAAUAUACGUUAUCAAUAUUUUUUUAAAACACACUUUAGAAUUAAA